AUGUCCGAACUACGAUACGACGGCCAGACCGUCGUCGUUACUGGCGCUGGUGGUGGCUUGGGCAAGGCAUACUGUUUGUUCUUUGGCUCAAGAGGCGCCAAUGUCGUCGUGAACGAUCUCGGUGGUUCUCACAAGGGCGAGGGCAACUCGACACGGGCCGCCGAUGUCGUUGUCGAAGAAAUCCGCAAGGCCGGUGGAAAGGCCGUCGCAAACUACGACAGCGUGGAGAACGGAGAGGCCAUUAUCGACACAGCCAUCAAAAACUUUGGCCGCAUUGAUAUACUCAUCAACAAUGCCGGUAUCUUGCGAGAUGUCUCAUUCAAGAACAUGCAAGACAAGGAUUGGGAUUUGAUCAACACAGUUCACAUUUACGGUGCAUACAAGUGCGCACGUGCUGCAUGGCCUCACUUUAGGAAACAAAAGUACGGUCGAGUUAUCAAUACUGCCUCGGCUGCCGGUUUGUAUGGCAACUUUGGCCAGGCCAACUACUCCGCUGCCAAAUUGAGUCAGGUCGGUUUCACCGAAACCCUCGCCAAGGAGGGUGCUAAAUAUAACAUCAUUGCCAACGUCAUUGCACCUAUUGCCGCUAGCCGAAUGACUGCCACCGUGAUGCCCCCCGAGAUCCUCGAGCACUUCAAACCCGAAUGGGUCGUUCCCCUCGUCGCAGCUCUUACACACUCCUCCAACACUACCGAGUCCGGAGGUAUUUUUGAAGUUGGCGGAGGUAAUAUUUCCAAGCUCCGAUGGGAACGUGCCAAGGGAGCUCUGUUGAAGACCGACUCUACCCUCACUCCUCAAGCUAUCCUCGCCAAGUGGAACGACGUGAACGAUUUCUCCAAGCCCAGCUACCCCUCUGGCCCUGCAGACUUUAUGACUCUAUUGGAGGAAGCCCAGAAGCUUCCUGCCAACCCAUCUGCUCCUGAUCUGGACUUCAACGGUCGUGUGGCUUUGGUCACUGGUGGCGGCGCUGGUCUCGGACGCGCAUACUGUCUUCUCUUCGCCAAGCUUGGCGCUUCAGUCGUUGUCAAUGAUUUGGCUGACCCCGAGCCUGUCGUUCAAGAGAUCAUCAAGGCCGGUGGCAAGGCUGUCGGUAACAAGGCCUCUGCAGAGGACGGUGAUGCAGUCGUCAAGGCUGCUAUUGAUAAAUUCGGCCGUAUCGACAUUGUUGUCAACAAUGCUGGUAUCCUCCGGGACAAGGCUUUCACUAACAUGGAUGACAACCUUUGGAACCCUGUUAUCAACGUACACCUUCGCGGUACGUACAAGGUUACCAAGGCAGCUUGGCCUUACUUCUUGAAGCAAAAGUAUGGUCGUGUCAUCAACACUACUAGCACUAGCGGUAUCUAUGGUAACUUUGGACAAGCUAACUAUGCUGCUGCCAAAUGUGGUAUUCUCGGAUUCUCCCGUGCCUUGGCUGUUGAGGGAGCCAAAUACAAUAUCAAGGUUAACACCAUCGCCCCAAACGCUGGUACUAACAUGACCCGUACCAUCAUGCCAGAAGAGAUGGUUCAGGCCUUCAAGCCUGACUAUGUUGCCCCUCUUGUUGUUCUGCUUGCCUCUGAUGCCCUCGAGCCUGGCACCAAGGGUCUUUUCGAAGUCGGCAGUGGCUGGUACGCCGAGACCCGCUGGCAACGAAGCGGUGGUCACAACUUCCCAGUUGACGUUGAUUUGACUCCAGAGGCUGUUCUCGCUCAAUGGAAGAAGAUCGUCGACUUUGAAGAUGGUCGUGCUGACCAUCCCGUGGACGUCUCAGCUGGUUCUGAACGUGCCAUGGCCAACCUUAACAACAAAUCUGGUGGCUCAGCCAAGGCUGCCUCCGCCGAUGAAGGCAUUCUGGCCAACAUUGAAAAGGCCAAGAAGUUGACUGCUGAGGGCACACCAUUCGAAUGGACUGACCGCGAUGUCAUCUUGUACAACAUCAGUCUGGGUGCUAAGCGCACCGACUUGCCGUUGGUCUACGAGAACAAUGAGAACUUCCAGGCUCUUCCCACCUUUGGUGUCAUUCCUUGGUUCGACACCGUGACCCCCUACAGCAUGGACGAUAUCGUCAAGAACUUCUCCCCGAUGAUGUUGCUUCACGGCGAGCAAUACCUCGAGAUCCGCAAGUUCCCCAUCCCCACAGAGGCCAAGACGAUCAACAUUCCUAAACUGAUCGACGUCGUUGACAAGGGCAACGCCGCCAUUGUCAUCUCCGGCUUCACUACCAAGGAUGCCCGAACUGGCGAGGACUUGUUCUACAACGAAUCUACCAUCUUCAUCCGCGGCAGCGGUGGUUUCGGUGGAUCUCCCAAGCCCACUGCCCCUCGCUCAAAGGGCGCCGUCGCUGCUUACAAACCCCCCAAGCGUCCCGCCGACGUCGUCGUUGAAGAGAAGACCUCGGAAGACCAAGCCGCUCUGUACCGCUUGAACGGUGACCGCAACCCCCUCCACCUCGACCCCGAAUUCAGCAAAGUCGGCGGCUUCAAAACCCCGAUCUUGCACGGUCUCUGCUUCCUAGGCAUCUCCGGUAAACACGUCUACCAGACAUUCGGCGCUUUCAAGAACCUCAAAGUCCGCUUUGCGGGUGUUGUGUUGCCAGGCCAGACCCUCAAGACGGAGAUGUGGAAGGAAGGGAACAUGGUUCUUUUCCAGACGACUGUUGUCGAAACUGGCAAAUUUGCCAUUACGGGUGCCGGUGCGGAGUUGUUGGCGGAUGGGAAGUCGAAGUUGUAA